AUGGUUAUUCCUAAUACCAGCUCCUUUGGUGGAUUUUUCCUGUUGGGCUUCUCUGAGCAGCCUCUGUUAGAGAUGACCCUUUUUGUUAUCACUGUGGUUUUCUACUUGCUGACUCUGCUUGGCAAUAUGGCCAUCAUUAUAUUGGCUCAUCUGGAUCCCCGGCUCCACACCCCAAUGUAUUUUUUCCUCACCCACUUGUCUUUAAUGGACCUCUGCUACACCACCAGCACAGUCCCCCAGCUGCUGUUUAACCUGCAGGGCCCAGGAAAGAUAAUAAGCUAUGGUGGCUGUGUUGGUCAGCUGUACGUGUCCUUGGCCAUGGGUUCCGCAGAAUGCAUUCUCCUUGCAGUCAUGGCUGUGGACCGCUAUAUGGCAGUAUGCCGGCCUUUGCACUAUGCCACUCUCAUGCAUCCACACAUCUGUUGGCAACUGGCAGCCACCACCUGGCUGACUGGCUUGGCUAGCUCACUGGUACAGACUGUGCUCAUCACACGGGUUCCUCUUUGUGGAAGGAAUGUCAUAGACCAUGUCUUCUGUGAAGUACCAGUUCUCCUCAAACUGGCUUGUGUGGAUACCACAUUUAAUCAGAUGGAACUCUUCCUGGUCAGUGCCCUUUUACUCCUGGUGCCUCUCACUCUCAUUCUUAUUUCCUACAGCUGCAUUGGUCAGGCUGUGUGGAAGAUCAAGUCCCAUGAAGGUCGCCAAAAGGCCCUAGGGACUUGCUUCUCCCAUCUGGUGGUGGUGUUUCUCUUCUAUGGCACUGCUAUGGCCGCUUAUCUGCAGCCCACAGCAGCCACCUUCCAGAACCAGGACAAGUUCAUGGCCUUGCUCUAUGGAAUUGUCACCCCAGCUCUAAAUCCCUUCAUCUACACAUUACGUAACAAAGACAUGAAAGGGGCACUGAGGAAGAUGAUAGGGAAAGAUUAA